CGUUGCCAGGCGCUACCGUUGCCGCCGGAGACCUAAAAUAUGGCGGGGGGGAGGAGGGGCUGAUCUGUCAGCAGCAGGAGCCUUGCCUUAGCUUUGUUUAUAAUUAACGGCCGGAAACUGACAGUUAGGGAUCCAGCAUGUCCCACUGAGAGCCCCGUGCGAGGAACUGUGCUGGCUGCCGGUCUGGAGUACAAUGGAGGCGUAUGAAGACUUUUGCAAAGAGCAGUUUGCCAGAAUCCAAGCAGAGGCCAUUCCCUGUGAUUCAGUUUCCACGGAUGAAGGCAAAAUAUCUUUUAUUAAGUUUCAUGGAGUUGCAGUGCUUUCUCCGCUGCUGACAAUAGAAAAAAGAGAAGAAAUGCAACAUUAUAAACUAAAGGCUAUUGAGCUGGAUGAGAAGAGACAGUACUGCAAAAAGAAGACCUUGCUCAAUCGCGUCCAAGAGAUUUUGGAAAGUGUCCAGGUGAAAAACACAUCAUCAAAUGUAAAUGUUCUUCCCAUUACUGAGAAUGGCAUAACCGAUCAGACGUCAGAUACUAAGAACAUGAAUGGUUUUGCACUUCUACCAAACAUUAUUAACUUGCCAAUUAAAUCUGCUCAGAAUGCAUCUGUGAAGACUGAGAAAUUAUUGGAUGAAUCACAAGUGAAGACAAAAACAAAACUUCUGGAAGUUGAUGAUGAUUUGCCUUUAAGACCGACAACAAGCCCCAUAUUAAACCACGCAAAGAUGCUACCUUCUGAAAUUGUGCAGAGCCCACAAACCUCACCAUUCGAUAUACUUCCCCCCACCAAAGAAGCCCCAGAUCCAUACGUAAUGAGUCUUCAAAAUCUCUUAAAGAAAUCCCGGGAGUACAUAGAAAGAGAGCAAAGCAGGCGGAACAUAAAAAACAAUUCAAAGGCAGUAGCAAAUGAAAGCAACUCUGAUAAAGAAAACGAUACCAUUAAAAUAAGUGACUCUUUAAAAGAAAAGGCCAAGCUUUUAAACCGGAGUAGAUGUUCCAGCCCAUUAAUGGUUGACAAGCCAGCACUUAAUAAAUCAAAUACACUCCUUCAGGCUUCAUCUAGUCCAGGUCAGAGCCUGAAUUCUACUGCAUCAUCGGCGCUUUCUAAAGUGGACUUUCCUCUAAGAUCGGGAAUUUGUUCAGGGGUUGAUAUGGGAUCUGAAGAUGACCUAAAGAAUGCUGGUAUCGAUUAUGAAAGCAGCAUUGUAAAAAGCCUUACUGGGUCAUACGCCAAAUUGCCAAGUCCAGAACAAAGCUUAAGUCCCCAAAUGCACAGAAGACGACCUAGGACCUUAUCAGCUGGACACAUAUUUAUCAAUAAUCCAGUAAAUGCUUAUGAUUUAAGCCCUAAUAAAAAGGGCAACGGAAUGGAUUGUGGGUUGCCUAAGACUGCAAAAAUGUCCUCUUCCGAGCCUAUACCAGUAGUUGGGUGUAAUGCUGGUAUUUGUUCAUUUACAAACUGUUCGUUGAGUAAAAAUGAUAGAACUAGUUCCUCAGGUGCAGGUGAUCAUUUACAAAAGUGCUUUGUAAGCUCAGUAACACACGCGGACAAUAAAGCUGCAGGUGAAUGCACGGUAACAGGUGGCCCUGCAGUUUGCAAAGGAGAACAACCAACAAGUAACAUGAUCACCACCGGAAAAGAACUUGAACUUGGCACAUUGAGUCAAGAUGUAGAUGUUUCAGUGUCUUCCACAGAACAGGAGAUUAGGCCAAUUGGUUCAACAGAAGAGUUAAAGGGCAGUUCUCCUGCACCACUCAAUAAAUCCUAUGAUGUAGAAACCCCAUCUCCCAUUUUAAUUCAAAGCCAGGUCACAAACCAUAUCACAGACACUCCUAGCACAUCCUUUGCAAGGGAACAGUAUUACGAGAACAGCUUUGAGGUAAAACGCAGACUUGAACCUGAUUUGGACAGCACACUGAAGGAUGCUGGUGUGAUUCCUGUCUCAACUGAUCAAGAGAAGAAGUUGCUUCAGGAAAGGAGGAAUCAUCUUGGGUCCCUUCACUUAAAAAAGAAUGAAGUAUUGGCUGAUAGCACUCUAGAGGAGAAUCUGAAAAAGAAAAUGCUGGCUUUUGAAGAAAUGAAGAAGAAACUUGAAGAACAGCACACACAGCAGCUUUUACUUCUCAUUGCCGAGCAGGAGAGAGAGCAAGAGAGAUUGCAAAGGGAAUUUGAGGAAGGAGGGAAGAAACUAAAGUUUAAGAAUGUUGACGCAAGUGUUUUGUCUGGAAACAUUGAAAACAGAAUGAGACCUGAUAGGACAAAUAUGAGUGAAAGUGCUAUGUCACAGAGUGUCACAAGUCACAUGGACCCGCAUCAUUCCUCGCCUAGCCACAUUUCUGUUGGGCCAGUUUCUGCUCCGUUACAGCACAACUAUGGAUCUGCAAACGAGACAUUGUUUGGUCUGAGGAGACCAUUACAAAGUGGAGCUCCAAAAGUCACCACUCAGAGGUCUCUUGGCAGAGCGCGGACCAGAUGGUCACAGGUAUAUAGUCCAGCAAUGCAGAAAAAGUUCGACAAAGUCACAGCACUGGCUAAGGGGUUCCUGACACGGAGACUUAUGCAGACAGAGAAGCUGAAAAACUUAAAACAAACUGUGAAAGACACCGCAGAAUUCAUGAGAACGUUCCAUACUGAACGUGCUGUAAACAGGGGCAUUGUGUCAGCCCAAGACGCUUCACUACGGGAGAGAGUCCUAGCACAAUUAAGGGCAGCAGUGUUUGAAAUACAUGACAUUUUCUUUGCAAUGGAUGUCACAGAAAGAAUGCAUAUUCUAGUUAAUGACCGUGAACUUCGUAGAGAGAAGCUGAUCAGACAAAUGGAAAAAGUGAAAAGUCCUCGAGACAGAGUAAACAUUUCAUCUGCAACCCAGAAAUCCUUGGACCGUAAAAGGUCCUCCAGAACAGGGGUACCAGGGGUUUCCAACAAAAAACUCCAAUCAAAGCCAAAAGCUUCUGACACCAGAAUUUUACAGCCAAAUCAAGUACAAAAUGCGCCAAUCAAUAAACUUCUUUGCAGACAAGGGAGCAUUUAUCAGAAAAACCCCAAGAAAGAAGCCAAAUGUUGUGACAAUCUAAGAAGACAACACUCUUUGGGAUAAGCGACUGCAUUCCUUUUAUUUGUUGUACCCAUGGACUCUAGAUGAUCACACUCAUAGCAUGUGCUAUAAUUGUGCUGGAUUUUCAUAUACAAGCAGGCACUAAACUUUUACACCCUCCCCCCAUUUUACUUGUUAAACGCAAAUGCUUUUAUAACCUGCUGAUUUCCAUUUUAUCAGUCUGUUAGUAUUUAAUGUGCUGCAAGCUUUAUAUGGUCAUGAUACAAGCCAGGGAUCUUCUUGAUUGGUUUUUGUCCGUUAACCGCUGGAAAAACCAUUUGGAUUCCAUCAACUAAAGUACUAAAACAAUAUCUCUUAUUUACACAAAUGUUGUGCA